AAGUAGCCCAGUAUUUUUCCGUGGUAGGCUAUAGAAGUGACUGUGUUCUCAGACUUCUGCUCCCGCACCUGAAGAUAAUCUACUUGUGGAAUAUCCUUUGUUGUUAGACUAUCCAUUAAAAUGGGUUCGGCUAAUAAAUGUUUGAAAUGGCUCUUUAUCGUCUUUAACGCACUGUUCGCACUGACAGGCAUUGUGUUUGUUGGACUAGCACACUUUUCCGGGAUAGCAGCAGAAAUGAAAAAUGAAGUGGGGAAUUUCUGGACACUCUCCUUGUUUGGAGCAAUUGUGGCAAGCAUAUCAAUUCUUGGAGUCUAUGGCGCAUACAAAGAGAAGGGAUGGGCCCUCAUCACGUUUUCUGUUCUAGUCAGUAUUGGCACGGUCAUUUGCCUGAUUGGGGGUGUUCAGAAUAUUUCUGAUAGGGCCCAGCUAUCCGGGAAAUUUGAAGAAUUCUUUGAAAGAGAUGACGUAGACACGUUGCUUCAGCACAUCCAAGAAAAGUUCAAUCUUGAGUGUUGUGGUACACGCAUUGGCUACCAGGAGUGGAGUUCACAGAUUCCCGAGUCCUGCAUCUGUCCAACAUCCUACCAGGGUACUGAAAAAUGCCAGAAGACAAAUGCACGAAGGUUUACCGGAAGUUCUAGGUAUUGGGGAUUUUACCAGACAGAGGUUUACAGUGAGACAUGUCAUUCUCUCAUUGUGCGGCUCUUCAAUAUGAUGAUGGAUGCCAUGACUGGGAUUUUCUUUGGAUUGUCAAUUGCGGGGCUUAUUGGGGUAAUCAUGGCCAUUAACAUCACCUGCAGGAUCAAGAAGCAAAGGACUACAAUGCCAGUGUCCAUUUACGAGUGCUCCAAGCCUCCCGCAUAUGAGGAGUUGUAUACAAUGAAAUUUAUGCCAGAGCAGGCCUAAGAUUUUUUUUUUCCAACAGGCCUCCUUUUUGUUUCAUCAGGGCAAAUGCUUUUUUUCUGUUUCUAUUCGUUGAUAACAUCUCAACCUUUGAUGUCGCCAAAUUUGACUGUUUUGUUUACCUGCUUGAUUGCACAAAUAGAAGGAGAAGAAAAAUCUAAUGUAGAAAAUGGUUUGUUGAAUUUGUAAAACAUGGAUGACUGCUCAGCAGUAACAUGUGAAGCACAUUGCAAUGCCCAUGUUCUUAAUAAGAUAUAUGUAGCCCAUCUUAAUUAUGACAAAUGGUAGGCUAUUUUUAUACUGUAUAUUUUGCUGCAUAACAAGGCUGAUUUGUUAGCUUGAUAUUUUGCCUAAUGUUUGUCUGGCAAUUUGACAACAACAUGCAUAUGUGCACUUUCUCAAAUAAGCAACUUUUACUAUACAA